AUGGCAGUUGUACGGGAAGUGAUAGGUGAGCUAGGAACCCUUCUGUUAUUGUCCUGGGAGAAUUCCAAUCAGCAUUCAAAUUCUAAUCUACCUGAUUACCAUUGUUAUCCAGACGGUCCAAACGCUCGCCUUUCUCUUUCUAUCAACCACCCACCAUCGUCGUCUCCGUUUCCCUCUCCAGGCUCGCCCUUUCUCCCACCUCCUCGUCUAGGUGCCCACGAAUUUGCACUGCGAUCCACAACCAAGCGUAACAGUGCUCAGAGACAUAAAAGCGAGGACCACAUGGACGAGAAUUCCACGCCCACAGCUGCGUCGAUGAAGACAACGUUUGCGCGGACUGAUGUAUCUCCUCCCACAACGCCGACGAUGAACGGGAAUGGGCUCGUACAGACUACACCGCCAGCAACGCCGACGAUUACUAUCCCCGAACCACAGACUCCAGAGCCCGUCCUAGUUCAUCACAACUCUCUCACCUCGUCUCGUCCCGCACCUCCGAGCCCCGCAGUCUCGCGCCGUGCGUCCACAGCGCUCUCGCGACGGUCCUCGGCUGCAAGGUCGCGCCGCCAGUCCAAAGUCCCACAGAGCUUGCACGACUCAGAGGCGUCCACCUCGUCGACUGCCACCGCCACAGUCGCGCUGCAGUCACAGCAAAAACGGCGCUCGCUACUCGUUAAAAUCCGCGAUUUCGCUUUUCCCAAGUCAGACGACCGGCAUGUCGGACGCGGGUCUGACGUCCCGCGUGCGAACCGUCCACGACACCGCUCUUCGGCGUACUCAACCGCGUCGUCGUCGUCGGCGAGCUCGAAACCCGAGGAAGACGUCCUCAUCGAGGACCAGCGCGGGAGCUGGAGUAGUGCAUUCCGCUGGAACGCACUGAGCAGUCAUUUCAGCUGGGGCUCGAGUAAUGCCAGCGCUGCUCCGAACGCGGAAGACGGGCCGUCUCGCAUGGAUUUUGAGCGCAAUUUUGAUGCGUCGUCGCCAAUGGAGGAGGGGCCAGAUCCAUACGAGAAUGAUUUCACAGAGGAUGAUGAAGUAGAGACAUACCCAAGCGAAGACGCGCCUCCUGUCCCGGGGUUGUAUCGUGCGCUCUUUUCGUUCGAGCCUGAAGGUACGGCCGAGAUGGCGCUGGAAGAGGAGCAGAUCGUACAUAUCAUUGGGCGUGGAGGAGGCGUUGGCUGGGCUGUCGUCGAAAAGGAUGAUGGCGGACAUGCGUUGGUUCCCGAAAGCUAUCUCGAACUGGUCAAGCCAGAUACAGACUGA